CUGCAGGCUCCGUGACGACGAUGCCGCCUGGAGGAGCCUGGUGCUCGCGUCUCCAUGGAAGCACUCAGUUAGUUUGCGACAUGUAUUCGCCAUUUUGCAGCUUCGGUGUGUGUCUUCUGUGUGUGUGAAGUAACGGAGUGGGAGGGGGGCUCUUCUCGAGGUGAAUACCUCUGUAGCUUCCAAACAUUCAACACUCCAGACGUCAGCUAAAACAGCCAGGGAAACGUCUGCACUUAGAGAACUGUAGCGUCCGCAAUAUGUCAUGGAAAUUUGGACGACGAAAUAUCACAUAGGGUCGCCCAGCGUUGCCGAAGAGGACCGGGAGAAAAUGCAAGCUUGACAAACGGGACUGUGGUUUUUCCAUCAUCAACCACUCAGGAUGAAAGCACCAAGUAAAGAGGAGAAGCAUUACUGUCCUUGCAGGAUUGUGUUUGCUUCCUUGGAUUCUAAAAUUUGACCAAAUCCACCAAAAGAGUACCAAUAAUGAUACCUGGAUUGAUCACCCAGGAGUUACAGGAGCAGCUUCUGGAUGUGAAGAAUUACCAGAAUCGCACAAAUGGGGUGGAGGAGCUCAAACACAUCCUCUCAGAAGUGGACAUUAAGUCAGUCCCUUCCGCUGGCAUUGAGGCGUUUAUAAAUUUUCUCCCGCGACUUCUCGACGAUAGUAAUUUUAAGGUGUUUCAUGGCACCUUGCAAGUUUUAAACUUGUUAAUUCGGAAGCUAGAUACAGCUGUAGACAAAUAUUUCAAACAUAUAGUCUUAGUCGCCCUAAAGGCUUUAGGGGAUACUCGCACUGUCACCAGGAAUGAAUACCUGAAUGUGUUUCGACAGCUGAUGAAAACUAUUCCACCCCAGCAAGUAUUGGAUCUUGUAAUUGGUCACUUGAAACACAAGAAUUCCAGGGUUCGGGAAGAUGUCCUUAACGUCAUUAUGGCAGCUAUGCUCACUCAUCCUAGGAAAGAUUUCAGCAUCCCCAAGCUUUGCUUUGAGGUUGCACCAUACCUGGCAGACAGCAAAAGGAGGGUCCGACAUGCCGCCCUCGAGCUGUUUGCUCUUUUUGACCACUGCCUUGAUGCACGGAGAAAGCCGUCUCUUAUGGAAGCUGUUGAUAUGGUUGAGCUGAAUGAGGAUGCAGAAGGUCUAAUGGCAGCUGUACAGGCAAGACGAGCAAGGCACAUACUUCCAAAACUCUCCUCGGAAGGUAUAGUGGAGUAUGGCUUGGUGGUGCCCAAAUCGGGCCAGCGGUGCUCACCACAGUAUGGUUCUGGAGCUGAUCUAGACUGGGUGUUGAAUGGAGGGCGGAUAAGUAGUGCCAGGAGCCACAGAACAGAACCAGACUGUGACAGAUUAUAUGGCUAUGGCAGCUUAGGCUCCCUCACCGAUGACCUUCCACUUCAAAGGAGGAUUGUCAGUGCGGGCAAAGGAAAGAACAAACUACCCUGGGAGAUGUCGAGCUUCUCGUCCACUGAGAAUGACCAACAGCAGUGCAGUACACCCAAUGGAAAGUGCACUGAACAGGGGGCAAAUGGGGACAGCCUUUCUUUGUCCAGGAAGCCAGAAACCUACAUACCCAGUUUUAGUUCAACGGAGCCCCGAAAGCCCCAGGGCUCCCGAAGGAGGGAGUCUCCUGCACAUCUCAGGAGAAGUGGAAGCCUCAACCUAGAACCUGAUAUCUUUAAAACCACAAACUUCUCUGACCCAGAUGUUGUGGCACCCAAAGGACGUCUGCUCUCGAGGAACCCCAGCGUUGAGCGAACAUUUUCCCUCCCCUCAAACCCUACUACAUCCAGCUCCUUUCUUCUGCCCUCUUACCCACUGGCUACGCUCCCAGGGGGCAUGCUUACCCCAACCCCAUCCCGCCGUCAUGCAGACUCCUCCCUCUCUAUGUCCAACACCUGGCCCAACAAGAAGGACAACAGCCCCCAACAGCGAGAAACCAGCCCUUGGAGAGAGACAGCGAAAGGUGACUUCUCUAGCAGAUGCUCUCCCAGACCUCUUUGUGCCUCCCUCAUGAAUUCUUCCACUUCAUCGUUCAGACGGGCACUGAGCAGUCCCAGAGGCACCUUCUCCGUCUCACCAGUAAUCCCUCCAACAGAGCACAUCCAUUCCAUUAAUGGCCAGAGAUCCAAUGCCCCAGGAAGCCCUCUGAAUCAGCAGUUAGAAAAGACCCUUAAUGUGGACCCUGGUGGCGUCAGUGGGGUGGAUGAUCUUCAAGAAGAUGAUCCUCUGGACAUGCAGGAGAUGCUCAACUCCCUGCGCUCACUACGCAACAGCGCUGCCAAGAAGCGGGCCAAAGCAAGCCUUAGUAGUCCGGAUCCAGACAGUCCUGACUCAGCUGUGAAGGUGGACUUGGGUCUAGACUCGCUGUCAAACACUUCUCCAGUGCUUACCAGCUCGACUAGUGAAAGUGGACUUUCUAGUCUGAGCUCAGUUGCAAACUCCAGCUUUAAUGGCAUGAAAAGCCCUGGAAACUCUGCCUCUGCAGGAAUGAAACCUCGCAUUGCAAGAGUGCCUUCUGCAAAACUGAGGUCUUCUAUGUCCUCGGACUUCAGCAGCCUUCAAGUGUUGUCCCAGGGAGAUGAAUUCUCAUCUGAGGUGGGUGUGGUUGGGCAGAGAGUUACGUACUCCAAUGGCAUAAUCAAAACUGACGAAGAGAAAAUGGUACCAUCCCCUCCAUUGGUCAGACCAGCUUUUCGCGAAUCUUUAAAAGCUCAGAAGCAUCCCAAAGGAUCCCAGAGUCACAGCAGCAGUAGGAAAUCACCAGGCACAGACACGUCUGAAGGAGUAGUUGGCAGAGGCAUGCUUGGCACUGCAGUGUCCUCCAGCCGUCCAGGAGUUCUCUUGCCACUUGAGCAGGGUGAUUUAUCGUUCAAACCCCCCACCGAUCCCUCAGCGGGCAUCCACAGCAACGCUGUGUCUGGCAGUUACCAAGACGGUGAUAUCAUCCCACGUCCAGAAGAGGUUAAGGAGAGGAUAAAGAAUGCAAGGUUUGGCCGGGAUAAGAACAGGCUGGAUCAACUAGAUGGCCCGAUAAGUCAAGGGCAGUAUUCAGCAGAUGAGAUUCGCCACCGUGUCAGGAAGAUGCUGUCUGAUUCACCAACAGAGGAAAAUGGAGCAUUAGUCAUUAAAGAUCUGCAUAUGAAUGGCAGCACAGUGACAUCUAAAGCAGACCCUGUCUCUGAUGAGUCUCUUGUCACCAGUCCUGACACUCCCCAAGGACCCCAAAGCCCAGUUAAGUGCUUCACUCCACCCCACCAGCCCAGCCCCCCUACAGUUCCACCCAACCCUAAAAAUGUGUCCCGUCUUAGGAGGGCACCUAGCCUGAGCAGAACCCGUCCUUCACUGUCCCACAGUUCAGAUGAGCUGUCCCCUGGCAGUUUGGGGCACAGGAAAAAUCUCUCAGAUCCUGCAGAGCCGUGUCCAUUUUCCAAACCCGAGCUGGCGCUGGUGCAAAGCUUCAAUCUGCUGAACUCUGAAGACUGGGAGAAGAAGAUUGAAGGACUGACAUUCCUGCGCUCUCUUGCACACUAUCACUCAGAUACACUUCAGGCCCGGCUUCAUGAUGUUUGCCUAUCUCUCAUUCAAGAGGUGAAGAACCUGCGGUCGAGUGUGUCCAGGGUUGCCGUGUGUACCCUGGGUGACUUGUACACACACCUUCAGCGAUCGAUGGACCAGGAGCUAGAGGGGACAGUUAAAGCUUUACUGCAGAAGGCUGGGGAGAGUAAUGCCUUCAUUAGGCAGGAUGUAGAUGCAGCACUGGAUUGCAUGGUGCAGCACUGCACCCCUACUAGAAGCAUCAAUGCUUUACUUACUGGAGGACUCAGUCACCUUAAUGCAGUGGUGAGGAAAUGCAUGGCUCAACAUCUGGCUAAUUUGGUUGAGAAGGUUGGUGCUGCACGUCUCCUUUCUGGGGCUAAAGAUCUCACUGACAGAAUUUUACCUGCCGUGGCCAAACUCGCACAAGACUCCUCACAAGAAGCCAGGUACUUUGGACGUCGAAUGCUGCUGUCCCUGUCUUCCCACCCAGAAUUUGAAAAGAUCCUGGAGAAAUACAUCCCUACCAAAGACCUGCAGACUGUCAGAGACACAGUCUUCACUCUAAAGACAAAGGGUCUUGGUGAGAUGCCUCAAGAUACUCAGUCAGCCCGAGGCAGACGUUCCCUCCCGGGCAGCGGUACAGUCAGAGCCUCAUCGCUCAACAGAGAGCCACUCAACCAGACCAACAGGGAGUCUCACAGCCAUUACAGCUGUAGAUCUCAGACACAGAGUUUUGCAGACAAGACUGAGUACAUCAAGCAGAUCUCGGAUCUGCUGGCUUCAAAGGACUUCAGAGAGAGGAUCAAAGGCAUCGACAGGCUAGUGGCUGACUGCCAAAACAACCCAAACAUGGUUAUCAACAGUAUAUUCCCGGUGUUUGAUGCCUUCAGAGCCAGGCUGCAGGAGUCCAACAGCAAGGUCAACUUGUAUGCCCUGGAGUCUUUACAGAAAAUCGUCCACUUGUUAAAGGACAACCUGUCCCAAGUGGUCAACAUCCUGGUCCCAGCAAUCGUGGACAAUCACCUCAACUCAAAGAACAAUGCCAUUUGCUCUGCUGCUAUUGGAGCUAUUAAUGCACUCAUCUUAAAUAUAGACAACAUACUUCUCCUUCAGCCUUUUUGCGCCAAGGCUCAGUUUUUAAGUGGGAAGGCAAAGGUGAACCUUAUCGAAAAGGUGGCAGACCUUGUGACAGAGCUCUACCCUCGUAAGCCCCAGAUGGUAGAACAGAAAGUGCUGCCCUUGCUCUGGCACCUCUUGGGCACCUCUACCCACAGCGGCACCAUUCAUGGCCGGGGUGGCAGCGUAAGGGGUGCUACCGCCAACCUGUGCCAAGCCCUUUAUGCGCAGAUGGGGCCAAGCCUGAGCGAGUGUGCCGCCUCCCAGCCUGCCAAUGUCCAUAAAAGUCUAAAUGAUAUCCUGAGGACCUUAUCGUAAGGUAAAGCAGACUUCAAACAGAACCAAAUGUCGAAAGAGGGACAGCAUUAAAACUGAUCUUACUUGAA